UGCUACACUGAAGUGCUUCAGGGUCUGGAUGCGGGUUCAAUUGGUCCAGUUAAAUAAAUUAGUACAGGUUUGCAACCUCGAUAACGACAGGAAGGGGCUCGCUAGCUCGCUAACGGGAUUGGUCCAGAGGAUUGACCUCUUCCUGGAGACGGUUGCUAACAACUCCUGUGCAGAGCCUCGCAUACAGAAACACAGAGUCCGCGGAGAGGUCCCGAUCAAACACCGAGAAAUACUAAAACACAAAGGAGGGUAAGGACCAUGCCACGUGGGAGAUCAGCAGCCAGCCUCCACUCGGACAGCAGUGACGUGGACGUGGAGGGGAUAGACACAGAGUUGUCCAAACUGCAGAGACAGUUUCGUAUAAUGGAGGGGGACCGGCAGGCUUACAGCAUCGAGUCUCAGGAGCUCAUGAGAAAGCAGCUGGCGGAGAUCGAGGCGCUGGAGAGCGAGCACAGCAACUUCAUGAAGAACCUGCGUCUGUCGGAGAGCCGCGUGAAUCGCCAGCGGGACCAGAACAACAAGGAGAGCCUGCUGUGCAUGCUGGAGUACAAGGAUGACUUGGAGGAGCAGCUGGGCUGGGAGAGGCAGGGUCUGAGACAGCUGGACCAGGAGAUCCGGUGCUGGGAGCGCAGGCUGCAGGAGCAGCGCAGGGAGACAGGCGGCUGUCAGGAGGGACAGCAGCAGCAGCAGCAGCUCCAGACACUGCGGACCAAACGGACCCUGGAGAACAGACUGGACAGGGCCCUGACCAGGUUCAGCACGCAGCUGGUGAAGAACGGGCAGCUGCGGGAGGAGCUGGAGACACUGAGGGUGGAGCGGGUUCGAUUCGAACAGCUGCACCGCAAACUGGAGAGGGAGCUGCAGGCAACGCGCAAGGAGAUCGGAGCCGUGAUCGACGUGUCAACAGCAGCGUACGAGAGCAGGGUGGAGGCGCAGUCGAAGGCGGUCCUGCUGAAGGACAAGGCUGAGAAGGACGUUGCGCAGCACAGCUCUGAGAUGAAGGAGCUGGAGCGUGUCAUCGACCAGGACAGGAAGCUGAAGGAGUUCAUGGGGAUCAAGUCUCAAGAGCGUGCCCUGGAAGAGGAAGCAAUGGAAGCUAACAAGACACAAGAGUGUGAGGAGCACGAGCGCAGGAAGAGAGACCUGCGGGAGGACAGCAUGGAGACCUACGAGGCUGCGUUCAGCCAGAUCAGAGAGCGGACCGGGGAGCAGGACCUGGGAGUGCUGGUCUCGAAAUUCAUUGAGGUUGAAGACAAGAACUUCGCUCUGUUCAACUACGUGAGCGAGCAGAACAACGAGAUCCAGAGAGUGCAGGGGGACAUCGACGAGAUCCUCCAGGAGGUGGCGCUGUUUCGUGCGCAGGGUCUGCGUUUGGAGGGGCAGCAUCGGGCUGUGCUGAGAGACAUGGAGCUGAGGCAGGACGAGACAGCCAGGCAGGCACAGGACUACGAGCAGAGGGGCAGCGAGGCCAGCAAGAUACUGGACCAGCUCAAAACAGGAGUGUUCUCCCUGUUCAGUAAGAUUGACUGUGACUGCACUGUGAUUGAGGAGACACUGGGAGCCACCACUGGGAUCCGGGACACAAACAUCAUGACCUACCUGGGGCUGGUGGAGCAGAAAACCAACAAGCUGCUGAGUGUGCAGUCCUACCUGGACUCCAAGGACUAUGACAAGCAGUAUGACCCUCGUGAGGUGGCCCGGCUCCUGCUGGGUCAGAACCCAGAGCUCCCCAUCCAGUCCCUGUUCAUCCAGCCUCCCUCCACUGGAGAGGAGUACGACACAGAGGAGUCCCAGCCCACCGACGAGGAGGACAGACCCCUGACUCAGGCAGAGCUGAGGGAGCGCAUCAUGAAGGGGGUGCUGAAGAAGGAGGAGAAGCUGUCCCGGCUGGACGGGGGAAAGGAGGUCAAAGGUUCCAAAACCAACGUGGCGACAACCAGCAAGAGGCGCUCACAGGAGGCCUGACCCAGUGCAGACCAGUACAGACCAGUAUAGAUUAGUACAGACCAGUAUAGACUAGUACAGACCAGCUCGCACUGGGAACCAGCCGGACGGCAGCACCCCACAGACUGGGAACCAGCAUCCACCAUGCCUUAAACCAGCAAGCCUCACGGACUGGAAACCAGUGCCCUACCAGAAACCACCUUUCUCUGAACCAGAAACUCAAGGCCGUGGGUGUGUAUCAGUGCAUCCAAUAAAAAUACAUUAAAAACCAGCUCAGGACACACAGCUGCAGCAAGGCACCUUCAAAGAAAAAUCAAUUGGCUAAUUCAUGGGUUCAGGCAGUCCUUGUGUGUGAGACAGUUCCUGCUCUGAACCAGCAGAGGGCAGCAGCCCCUCAGGUAGCGCAGUGCAGUCUCCACUGGGAGCAGCAGCUGGUCUGCGCUGUGGAGGGGACGGGACGGGACGGGACGGGUGUCUCCACACACGGAGGGGGGUUUUCUGUGACUGUUCCAGUUAGGUCAUUAUUUUAGACAACGAGCACGUCGCUCCGUCACUGCCUGAGACAGCUGUGGACUGGAACUGUGUGUGCGCGUGCGUGUUUGGUGUCUCGCUGUGCUGCUGUAGUGUGUGUGUUUGUAGUGUGUGUGUGCGCGUGCGUGUUUGGUGUCUCGCUGUGCUGCUGUAGUGUGUGUGUUUGUAGUGUGUGUGUGUGCGUGCGUGUUUGGUGUCUCGCUGUGCUGCUGUAGUGUGUGUGUUUGUAGUGUGUGUGUGUGCGUGCGUGUUUGGUGUCUCGCUGUGCUGCUGUAGUGUGUGUGUUUGUAGUGUGUGUGUGUGCGUGUGUGUUUGUAGUGUGUGUGUGUGUGUUUGGUGUCUCGCUGUGCUGCUGUAGUGUGUGUGUUUGUGUUUGUAGUGUGUGUGUGUUUGUGUUUGUAGUGUGUGUGUGUGCGUGUGUGUUUGGUGUCUCGCUGUGCUGCUGUAGUGUGUGUUUUUGUGUUUGUAGUGUGUGUGUGUGUGUGUGUGUGUGUGUGUUUGUAGUGUGUGUGUGUGUAGUGUGUGUGUGUGUGUGCGUGUGUUUGGUGCCUCGCUGUGUUGCUGUAGUGUGUGUGUGUGUAGUGUGUGUGUGUGUGCGUGUGUUUGGUGCCUCGCUGUGCUGCUGUAGUGUGUGUGUUUGUAGUGUGUGUGUGUGUGUGUGUCAGUGUGUGUGUGUGUGUGUGUUUGUAGUGUGUGUGUGUGUGUGUGUGUGUGUGUAGUGUGUGUGUGUGUGUGUGUGUGUGUUUGUAGUGUGUGUGUGUCAGUGUGUGUGUGUGUAGUGUGUGUGUGUGUGUGUGUAGUGUGUGUGUGUGUGUGUAGUAUGUGUGUGUGUGUGUAGUGUGUGUGUGUGUGUAGUGUGUGUGUGUGUAGUGUGUGUGUGUGUGUAGUGUGUGUGUGUGUUUGUAGUGUGUGUGUGUAGUGUGUGUGUUUGUAGUGUGUGUGUGUGUGUGUGUAGUGUGUGUGUGUGUGUGUAGUGUGUGUGUGUGUGUGUGUGUGUGUAGUGUGUGUGUGUGUGUAGUGUGUGUGUGUGUGUGUGUGUUUGUAGUGUGCGUGUGUCUGGUGCCUCGCUGUGCUGCUGUAGUUUCAAGUCUGGUUCUAGUUCAGUUCACUGGUUAUUUUGUGUGUAAAUCCGGUUCAUUGCCUCUCAAUGUUCUUCCUUUUUCAAGCUUUGUGAAAUCCAGCUGCUGCGUUGAGAUCUUCUUUCCAACAAUCAUUCACAAAAACACAAAUAAAACAAACCCCCAAAUCAUCUUGUGGUGUUGCUUCGG